AUGUUGCUAAAAUUAAGUUUGUUGUUUUCACUGGUUCUUCACCUGUGUAUGGGUCUUAGUUUCCAAUGUCGUGAUCAAAAAAAUCAAAAUGUGGACUGGUUUAUAUUUUACAAAAUUGGUCGCAUAAAAAAUUCAUCCGCAAAAUCUGUUCGUAAUGGUUAUGCGUUCUUGUAUAUGGAUGUUAACCGCCAAACAUGGUCAUUUUCGUCAGUCGGGAUCGAUAACUCGAGACAAGCUAUUGGAUAUACUUUGCAGCAAUAUUAUGAGGUCGCAAGUAAUCCUGAGGUCUUCAGUAUAAUGUAUAACGACGAAUUUCCAUAUCCCAACAAUGACACUGUGUCAAAAUCUUCAGGACAUACUAAAGGAGUUGUAGUAUUUGGAAAAAGUAAUGGUUUCUGGUUGGUACACAGCGUACCGAAGUUCCCCAGAAAUGACACCUAUGAAUACCCAGUCACUGGACGUCAUUACGGACAAAUGGGUUUAUGCGUUUCAAUGUCCUAUUCACAACUGCAUAAAAUCGCUAUUCAGCUGUACUACAAUCACCUUUUCAUUUAUUCACAAAAACUCCCUGCGCAGACAGCUGCUGACAUACCUAUUCUUGUGAAGGUGGUCUCAAAAAAACAUCAGCGCGUUGCUCCUUAUGUUAGUCGUGUUGUGAUCAAUUCUUCCGCAGGCCAUGAAUUUUUUCACUUCGCGAAAACUCGUGCAUUCAAGAAAGAUCUUUACUUUGAUCUCUUAGCACCUUCGCUUAAAAGUUCAUUGAAAACAGAAACUUGGCAACACGAAACCUCUAAAAACAAGAAUCUGCGGUCUUGGUGUCGUAAAUACAGUCCUUAUAAGGUUUUGGAUGUAAAAAAGGUUACUCUGCCUUUUAAUAUCACUUUUCCAAACGCGCUCGAUCAUUCCAAAUUUGCGGUUGCGACGUUGGAUACAAACAAAGUACCUCUACCUUGGAUUUGUAUUGGUGAUAUCAAUAGACAGAAACAUCAGCUUGUCCGUGCAGGUGGUUCGAUGUGUUUUGCGAAUUCGGAAGUACAUUCCAUAUAUAGUGCUAUGGUUCCAGAUUAUUGGCCAUGCGUUAGCAAUGUUUGCUAA